AUGAAGAAGAAGCGUGAGCAGUCAACAAAGACGGUGACAGUUCGGAACAUUCGUCAGGGUCGAAAAUUCAUCGAAGUCCAACUCAACGGUGUCCCUCUCCGACUGCAGUUGGACACUGGGUCGGACAUAUCCAUCAUCUCGCAUCAGUCAUGGGUCAAACUUGGUCGUCCGAAACUGCAGUGUAGCAUCACCCUCAACAACAUCACCAGAGAGGGUAAAGGUUACGUAUCAGCUCCUAACGCUCAUCUCGACAUUUUAGGCAUCGAUAUGAUGGACCAGUUCGGUCUGUGGAACCAACCGAUCACGGCGUUCUGCAACCAAGUUACUAGUCAGCAGACCCAAGACACGCCGGUAAAGCUGGUGCUGAAGGAUGAUCCCAAGCCGGUGUUUCGACCAAAACGGCCGGUGGCUUACAGCAUGGAGAGCGUCGUGGAAGAGGAACUUCACCGGUUGGAAAGCCUUGACAUCAUCAAAAAGGUUGACUUUUCCGACUGGGCAGCACCAAUAGUCGUUGUGCGGAAGCCUAACGGGACAGUUCGCAUAUGUGCGGAUUAUUCGACGGGGUUAAACGCAGCACUAGAGCCGAACUGCUAUCCGCUCCCUCUACCCGAAGACAUCUUCACAAAGAUGGCCAACUGCCGGUACUUCAGCCACAUUGAUCUGUCGGACGCCUACCUCCAGGUCCAGGUCGAUGAGGCAAGCCAACCACUUCUUACAAUCAACACGCAUAAAGGCCUCUACCAGUUCACCAGACUGUCACCCGGCGUCAAAUCAGCUCCGGGAGCGUUCCAGCAAAUAAUGGAUACCAUGCUUGCUGGUCUGGAAUGCACCUCUGGUUAUAUGGAUGACAUCCUGGUAGGGGGCCGAACGUUGGAGGAAUAUCGUCGGAACCUGUAUCGGGUCCUCACUCGCCUGCAGGAAUUUGGGUUCACCGUACGCAUUGAAAAAUGCAGUUUCAACAUGCGCCAAGUGAAAUAUCUGGGUCAAAUUCUCGAUGGAGAUGGCAUUCGACCAGACCCGGAGAAGGUAGCAGCAAUUGCCAACAUGCCACCCCCGCACGACGUUUCUACACUUCGCUCGUACCUAGGUGCCAUUAAUUAUUAUGGCAAAUAUGUAAAGGAAAUGCGCACUCUUCGGCAGCCGCUAGACCAGCUGCUGAAAGCGGACACCAAGUUCGAGUGGUCGUCCGCCUGCCAAAAGUCAUUCGAUCGCAUCCGGGAGGUUCUUCAAUCACCGUUGCUUCUGACGCACUACAACCCUAACAUGGAAAUCGUCGUGUCGGCGGAUGCAUCAACGGUCGGGCUGGGAGUGGGCGAUGCCACAGAUUCCCCGAUGGGUCCAUCAAAGCCAUUUAUCACGUGUCCCGUAGCCUAA